GUCCUACAUAAAGAGUGCGGGACAGGGAGCCGGGCGGCACACACAGGGCAACACACCUUUCUGCACACACACGACAAAGGCACAGCAGCAGGAAGAGUCAGGAGAAGAUUGGCAUAGAGUAAGGAAGAGAGGGGGUAAGGACAAAGGAACUGGCAGGGAUUAACUAAGAAGAUAUGGUACGCUCAUGUGAACAAGGGAUCCCUGCCUGGGUCUAUGUGGGCACCCUGCUCCUCUUAAUCCACUCUGUCACAGUUAGAGGAGCUGCCCUGAAACAGGAGGUAGUGUUGGACAAUUGGGCCACAGUGCUGAAUCACUCCAUGAGUUUGGUGCAGCGUAUGGAGACCCUGCUGGCCCUGGGGAACGGCAGUGAUGUCACUCUCCGGGUGCAGACCUUCAACACAGACGAGGUGAAGGUGAUCCAGGCCCACAGUCUGGUUCUGGCGCUGCAGAGUGACGUGUUUGAGGAACUACUUCUCACUCGCAACAACAGUGCUGUGGUUUUGAGGGAGACACCCGACUGUGCGGCUGUCUUUGACAAGUUUGUCAGAUAUCUGUACUGCGGUGACAUCUCAGUGCGGCUAGAUCAAGCCAUUUCUCUACAUAAGCUGGCCAGCAAGUAUCAUGUGUGGGCCUUGCAACAGGGUCUGACCCAAUUUAUGACCCAACAUCUGUCUAGUGAUUCACCCACAGGCCAUGUCAUUGGCUGGUACAACUAUGCAUUACAAAUUGGGGACAUGGUCCUGCGGGACAGCUGCCUGCAGUACCUGUCCUGGAACCUGUCUUCUGUGCUGCAGAGCGGAGAAUGGGGCUCGAUCAGUGAAGACCUACUCCUCUCCUUGGUCCAACGCUCUGACCUCAUUCUUCAGAGUGAGCUGGAGCUCUACGAGGCCCUGGAGGCCUGGAUUAGGCAGAACCAGCCAGUCAGUUCGACAGUGGAAAGUGCCCUAAGGGCUGUUCGAUACGGCAUGAUUCCCCCUCAGCACCUCUUUCGUCUUCAGAAGCAAUCCCCCCUCAUGCAGAAGCAUUACGAGUCUAUCCGUGAUCUACUCUACCUAGCGUUCCAAUUUCACUCUGCCUCACCUAUCCAACUGGCCAAGUACUUUGAUGUCAACUGCAGUAUUUUCACUCCCCGUAACUACCUGUCCACUUCCUGGGGUUCCCCUUGGGUCAUCAAUAACCCCACCCGCGAUGACCGCAGUUUUAGUUUCCAGACUCAGCUCGGGCCCAGCGGCCAUGACUCCAGUAAGAGAGUGACCUGGAAUGCCCUUUUCUCCCCACGUUGGUUCCCACUCAGUGCCAGGUCAACCUAUACUGAGCUGGGUGCCAUGCAGCCUACACGCACAGAUGGAGGUCGACCUCGCAUUAUUGUAACACCAGCCACUUCUAGCCCAGACUUCGCUGGUGUGAGUUUUCAGAAGACAGUGAUCGUGAUGGCAAAACAGCAAGGGAAAGUGGUGGUUCGCCACGUCUUCAACUUCCACCAAAGCACAGAGGAGGCCGGGGAUUUCCUGGUGGAUGCUGACCUGCAGCGCCGUGCAUCAGAGUACCUGAUUGACAGCUCCCUCUAUCUGCACAUUGUAAUAAAACCUCUCUACCAUUCCCUCCUUGUUGCCAGGAAGUAAAUGCAGUAACUAUUAGUUAUCCACCCACACAAUCACAUGCACAAAUUCCAAAAUAAACGCAUAUCACAGCACAUGCUUAUGCGUCAUGUCUGUGACAUCUCCAUUGUUGGUUAGUUUCUGUAUUUUGUUGUCUUCCAACUAUUCAGCAAGGAGGUGUUUGUACAAUAAAGGACUCACAAUAAAAAAAGACAACAAACACUUCACUUUGCUAUAUUUUUUCAGGUAUUCUAUAGGGUAGGUAUUAUAGUGCAUCAGUUUGUUCCUUAAACAUAUUAAAUCUCUGCUAUGGUUAAUGUUGUUUGCAUAGAUGCUAUAGAAAGUUUGCUUUAAAAUUUAAUGUUAUUAUUAUUUUAAUUUUUAUGCAUUUCACUAUUCAGCAGUCAAAUGUAUAUUUUUAGUUGAUGGCACUUAUAUCCUGUGGCAUACAUUCAUAUAGGCAUACUUGUUUGUUGUAUACCAACAUACCAAAAUGUGUAACUUAAUGUGCAAUCCCACUACCAGUGUUCCUUUGUAGACUGUAGUUGACACAAAAUAGAGAAUCAUUUGGUUAACAGUUUUUUCUUAAUUAUUGUUACACAUGCAUUUUAUCUGGCUUUUAAAUAAACUAUACCAGUAUGUGAUUUUCAUCCUGAAACAAAAAAAUAUUAAUAAAAGACAAUAAUAUAAAA